AAACCCAUACAAAACACAUUACAAUACAAUGGCCUUCUCUUCCAUCUAUCUACUUACAAUCAUAUCUCUAUUCUUGUUCCCUACCAUGUCUAUCUCUACCUCCCUCAAAUCCAUGCAUUUUACAUUCUACCAACAUGAUAUUGUUAAUAAGACCGAUUUCAUGAUUAUUAAGGGUAUAACUGGUGCUGAUCUCAGUUUAACAGCAAGCCCAUUUGGGAGUAUUUUUAUACUUCAUGACCCACUAACUAUAAGCCCAGAUCCUUCAUCUGACUUAAUUGGGCAUGCUGAGGGUGCAACAAUUACAUCAAGCUUUGAUGGUCUUGAUAAUUUGUCUAUUGGAAAGUUUACUCUUAACUUUAGGGCCCACAAAGGUUCUUUUUCUGUUCUUGGAAGUGUUAAUAAUCUUAAGCCUUCUGAUAUUCCUGUGGUGGGUGGUACUGGAGAUUUCAUGUUUGUUCAAGGGUUUUUGAGAUCAUCACUUGUUGAUAUUAAGGGUUUAUAUUUUGUUUAUAAGGUGGAAGCCAAUUUAUAUUGGCCUCCUUUUGCUACCACGCUAUGAUAUAUAAUCAAGUUUAAGUUAUUGGGGUGUUUGACAAAAGGCUGAUAGCUAUUUUUAGUGGUUAAUUUGACUAGCUGAUUAUGUUAAUUGGUUUGACCAACUUGCUGCUACGAGUAGCUUGUUUAAAAACAACUUAUUCAUAAUAAUAAACUGUUUCAACUAACUAAUUUACCAUACACUAGUAUUUGCUGAGUUGACCACUCAGCCCUUUAUUUAUAUCAAAAUAAUAAGUUAAAAUAAUUGUUCAAUAAGCUGUGUUGCCAAACAUCCUCAAUAUUGUUGGUUUGAUGAGUGGUUAUUGUCUCUCGUUGAAACAACUUUCAUAAAAAGAACUCAUAUGCUAAUAACUUAGUAAUUGAGUUAUUUAACCUUUGUAUGAAGUAACUUUAUGAAUGAUUAUGUGAUGUUAUGUUAAUCAAAUUUUUUAAUGUAUAAAAGAUAUAAUAUAAUAAUAUGGUA